UAUUUAGGACAUUUCACAUUAACAUUAUCGAUAACAUUUUACAGUCUGUUAACCUUGUGUUCAUAUUGUGACAACAAAAAAAAUAAAUAAUGGGUGGACAUGGACACGGAGAGCCCUACACGGUGCCACAUCCAUCAUGCUAUAAGGUGGAGAAUGUGCCGCAAUUGCUGAAAGUCAAAGAAGCGCUUGGCCGCCAGGGCUUAUCCGACCCAUGGCUGAGGAAUGAGGCCUGGCGUUACGAACAGAAGGCAUUCGGCACACACCGCUCUCGCCUGGCUACGUUUAUGUUCCGCGGCCUCGGAGUCGGCUUUUGUGCAGCUGUCGCCACCAUCGCUAUUGAAUAUGCUCUCGGAAUCGGCAAGGGCCAGGGUGACCACGGACAUGGACAUGGCCACGACGACAAGAAAGAUCAUUAGAGCAAGCUCUUUAAUUAAGUGAUUUAGUUGAAUAAAUAUGCAAAUCAGGAUA